UUGAGAAGAGCUUCUCUCUCUCUGCCUGUCUCUCCAAUUUGGAUCUUCCGAUUUUCUUUCAACGUUCAAGAUUCGUCCAUCUGAGCUGAUGAUCAGCUGAUCUUCUCUGAUUUAAAAAUUCUUUGUUUUUGGGGGAGUUAUGUCUUCAACAGACAUGGAAGGGAAGCUUCUUCCGAUUUCUAGGCAUUUCUUCAAGGUCAUGGUGCCUGGUUUUCUCACGAAGCUUUCUUUACCACCUGCUUUCUGUAGAAAGGUUAGUGGGGAAAAAUCAGAGGAAGCUGUUUUAACUAGUUCUCAAGGGACAUGGCAUGUCAAAACUGGCAAGUGCAGCAAAGGAUUGAUUUGUUUCAAUGAGGGAUGGGAUAAGUUUGUCGGCCACCAUGGCCUGAACCUUGGAGACUUUGUUGUGUUUGAGCACAAGGCAGACUUGCAUUUCAAUGUUUCUGUGUUUGAUUCUAGCGCUUGCGUGAAAGAAUUUCCUGCUAGUGAUCAAGUAUUUGUUCCAAGCAUUUCCGAGAGAGAAUUCCCUGCCAAGUUGGGUAAUGAUCAGAGAAAAAGAGCACAUGGUGAUCAAGUGUUUGAUCCAAGCACUUGCAAGAAAGAAAUUUCUGCAAAGUUGGAUAAUGAUCAGAUAAAAAGAGCUACUGGUGUUCAAGUGCCUGGAAAGAAAGAAUAUCCUGCUAAGUUAGGUAAUGACCAGAGAAAAAGCACACGUGGAGAUCAAGUGUUUGAUCCAAGCACUUGUGAGAAUGAAAUUCAUGCGAAGUUAGGUAAUGAUCAGAGAAAAAGACCACAUUGUGAUCAAAUGUUUGAUCCAAGCACUUGCGAGAGAGAAUUUAUUGCAAAGUUGGCUAAUGAUCAGAGAAGAAGAGAACCUAGUGAUCCAGCGUUUGAUCCAAGUGCUUGUGAGAAAGAAUUUCCUGCGAAGUUGGGUUAUGAUCAGAGAAAAAGAGGACCUGGUGAUCAAAUAAACAUCCAUGAACAUGGCAAGCACAUUAAGAAAGUAAUGGAAAAUUGGAAUCCAGUAUUCAAUAAUAGAAGUCUUUCUUCAGACCACAAGAGGUUUUGCAGAAAAAGCCCACUUGAGGAGGCUGCAACUUACAUCCCUGGGGGUCCCCAUUUCAUAACAACCAUGUCUUAUGGCCAUGGGACCAGUCAUUAUCCUAAAGUGUAUAUCCCAGUGAAAUUUUUGAAAGAGAGUGACCUCAGUGAAAAUGGCAGCCUCACUCUUAGAGAUCCUUCAGGAAAACCUUGGCCUGUGAAACUUCAUUUCAGUAGGAGCGGUUUUUCAGGAAAAAGCUUACAAGUAUAUAUGACAAAGGGUUGGUAUGAGUUUUACACAUCCAACAAGCUUAAGGAUGGAGAUGUCUGCCUCUUUGAGCUCAACCGAACCGUCACCAGAGGAAGGCCUGUCAUGAUGGAUGUACGAAUAUUUCCUCUGCAAACAUAAGCAAUCCUUGGUUCUUGUUUAGUGUUGAUCUAUUGUUCGAUUUUGGGGUUUUAUUUAUUUAUUUAUUAUUUUUAUUAGUAUUAUUUUUUUCGAUUCCUUUGCUUUGAAGUUGUUUUUGCUUGUUACUAGAUAUUGCUCAUGCUAAUCUUUUGUAAGAUGCGAAUGUUAGUCAUCCACGUUAAUACAAGUGAACCACGAUGUAGAUCAUGUAUGCUUGGCCUUCUUGUUAAUGAUAGAAUGUU